AUGGCAACAUCGACCCUUCGCAGACUGAGCCGAACUGGAUGUUGUGCUAAAACAGCGCGUGAAUCAGCAGCUGUAAACUACCAGCUACCUAAACAACCAGCUAACAUUUUUUUAUAACAUUUAAAUACUGUAAUUAGAUUAUAUAUAGACAGAGAGAGUCCGGGGUUUAAUUGAAUCAGUUUUUAAAGGUUUGAGGUUUUGAGCUGCGGGCCUCACUCACUCUGAGGAUGGACGGAGGGUCUGCGGCGGAGUCCAGCAGCAGCGGGGGUCUGUGGAACUGUCCCAGAGUGAAAUACAGCAACGACACCAGAGAACUCCUACAGUUAAUGAUGCGAGAAUCAAGACUCACCAGUUUCCAGCAGCGUCAGCUCAACAACCAGCUCAAGAAAGGGGGAGCCUUACCGCUGCGCUGUAACCCCACCUCCUCUGCCCCACCACUGCAGGCUCAGCCUCAGCCCAGUCUCAGUAAGGGUCGCGCUCUGUCAGUCAGGCCGCAGAGACGCAGUGCUGAGCAGUGCAGUGCUGGAGACAACUACACCCGAGAGAGAUUCCAACCCAGUGCAGCACGAGAUCUUGAGAAGGAGAAGCGCAGACUGCAGAAUAUCUUCGCAACAGGUCAGGAGGAGCCACAGCUCUCUGUCCCACAAACACAGCCUCCCAAGAGAGCAGAGGAGACUCACACAGACAGGUUCCAGGAGGUUCUGGAUGAGAUUGAAGAGAGGAGGCAGUUCCUGGAGGAAAUGACUGCUCUUGGAAGGGGGCGCGACUACAAUCACAUCAUUAACUUUGAGAUUUCUCAGAAAAUCAAAGAACUGGAGCUGAUUGACAUGAAGCGCAGCGAGGAGCUGAAGACCCUCAUGAAGUAAAGAGCAGGAGUGACUAACCGGCUGUAAAUUUGGCUGCAACUUAUAAAUGUACAGUACCAGUCAAAAGUAUGGAUAUACCUUAAAUUAAGUGUUUUUUCAUUAUGUUUUUCUGCAUUGUAAAUUAAUAAUGAAGUCACCCAAAAUGAUUUACCAAACAAAAAAAGUGUUAAACAAACCAGAAUAUAUUUUAUAUUUUACAUUCUUCAAAGUAGCACCUCUUGUUUAGAUGACAGCUUUGCACAACUUGGCUGGAUUUUCUCAGACAGCUUUAUGAGGUAGAAUUUCUUGUCCUCUUAAUGUGUUUGAGAGCAUCAGUUGUAAAGUUGUGAAGAGGUAGAGUUGGUAUACAGUGAAUAGCUCUAUUUGAGUAAUGUUCUAAUCCAUAUUAUGGCAAGAAUUACUCAACUAAGUAAAGAAAGAAAUACUUUAAUAAAAGAAGCUCAGUCAAUCU